AGGAUCGUCCCGUGAAGCCCUUUCUUCUUUGAAGAACCAUGUUCGUGAUGAUUGCUCUCGUUCCCCAUCUCUCCAUAUGGAGAAGAUAUUAGGAUGGAAUAAGCAGGAGAACGUGAAGAAUUCCUUAAAGGUAUGCAGAUGUCCAUUGAAAAUACAGAAUUGUGCUCUAAACAACAAAUUUGGAAAAAGGAUUUGCUUGGAAUACGAUGUCCAACUUUAUAGUUUGUUCUCUGGACGGAAGAUCAUGAUUAGGAUUCAGGGGGGCAACUGCAAAACCGGUUGGGACGAGGGUCGAAUUCGAGCUAACACAAUACAUAAAGGGAAGAGGAAAAGCUGUACACUUCUUUUUUCUCCUAGACCCCGUGACAAAAUUGAAAGCAAAGAUGACUUUUGCAUGAUUUGGGAAUUGGGAGAACGACAUGUCCAUCUUUCUGCUGUGUAAGACCAACCAAUUUAAUUAGCCAUAAGCCACAAGAUCUUCUUCUCGUUCUUGGUUCUUGAUAUUGAUCUCUCUCUGCAUCUGAUCUUCACGGGAACUUCCCUAAAGUUCCCAACUUUUCCGAGAAAGCUACCAACCGAGCAACCACCACCACCACCUUCGAGCUGACAACUUAUGAUCACAAUUUGCUCGCCCCUCAUGACUCAGUCGGACGCUAUUUAUGCGUAAAUAUAUUCUGCUUGGAGUUAAUCGAAUGAAUGCACAAGGCCGUUGUAAGCUGAGAUUUUCCAGAUUUCUUCUCUUCAGCUUCACCACUAGCAAAAAUGGACAGACGCUCAACUUCUCCUAGCUCACCCGGGAACCAUUUCGUGGACAUCCAUGAAGUCCUGCCUGAGGAGAUAGAAGUAGGGGCAAUUAAGAGAGCGGCUGAUAAACCUCCCGAUAAGCGGGUCAACAGGCCGAUAAGGUUCCGUGAUGGGAGGCAGAGGCAGCAGAGGAGCUUCAGCAGGCAGGUCUCCCUUGAGACCGGCUUCUCAGUUCUGAACAGGGAGUCCAGAGGCGGAGACAAUGAGAGAAAGGUUCUGUCGAGAAGUGGCCUCAGCUUCGGGGGGUUCGAGUCAGCCAAUCGGGUCGUGGGAGAGGGGACCGGGAAGGGAGAUUUCAGCAUGUUUAGGACAAAGUCCACUCUGAGCAAGCAGAACUCCUUGUUGCCUUCCAGGAAGGAGAGGGAGAAUAAUUUGGAUAGUCACCAGAGGAACAACGAGGGCUCUGGCGGACCGGAAGAGUCCGUAAAUAAAAGCGUUCCUGUAGGAAGGUACUUCGCCGCUCUCAGAGGCCCCGAACUAGAUGAAGUCAAGGACUACGAAGACAUCCUCCUGCCAAAGGACAAAACCUGGCCCUUCCUACUUCGCUUCCCGAUCGGAUGCUAUGGGAUCUGCCUCGGCCUCAGCAGCCAAGUCGUACUCUGGAAGGCCCUCGCCAUGAGCCCCGCCACCCAGUUCCUCCACGUUACCCCUUUCAUCAACCUAUCCCUCUGGAUCCUGGCCCUCACAGUCAUCCUCUCUGUCUCGAUCACAUACUUUCUUAAGUGCAUAUACUACUUUGAAGCUGUCCGGAGAGAGUGGUUCCACCCGGUGAGGAUCAACUUCUUCUUCGCACCGUGGGUCGUGUGCAUGUUCAUGGCCAUUGGGGCUCCGCGAGCACUGGCCCCGGGCCCCCCGCACCCAGCUAUCUGGUGCAUCCUAAUGGCACCAUAUUUCUUGCUGGAGCUAAAGAUCUACGGCCAGUGGCUCUCCGGAGGGAAGCGGCGGCUCUGUAAGGUAGCCAACCCUUCCUCCCACCUCUCGGUGGUCGGGAACUUUGUCGGGGCAAUUCUGGCAUCUAAGGUGGACUGGAAGGAGGCUGCCAAGUUCUUCUGGGCAGUCGGGUUCGCGCACUACCUUGUGUUGUUUGUGACCUUGUACCAGAGACUGCCUACCAGUGAAGCCCUACCCAAGGAGCUCCAUCCGGUGUACUCCAUGUUCAUCGCUGCCCCUUCCGCAGCAAGUAUUGCCUGGGAAGCCAUAUACGGGGAGUUCGAUGGAUUGUCGAGAACUUGCUAUUUCAUCGCACUUUUCCUCUAUGUGUCGCUUGUGGUCAGGAUCAACUUCUUCACCGGGUUCAGGUUCUCUGUGGCGUGGUGGUCAUAUACAUUCCCGAUGACCACAGUUUCUGUGGCAACCAUCAAGUACGCCGAGCACCAGCCUUGUGUCAUAAGCAAAGGCCUCGCGCUGGCACUCUCGUUCAUGUCCUCGACAAUGGUGGCUGUCCUCUGCGUCUCCACUUUGCUCCAUGCCUUCGUCUGGCACACUCUUUUCCCUAACGACCUUGCUAUCGCCAUCACGAAGAAGAGGCAGGCCAAGGACAAGAAGCCAGGGCUAGCUACCAAGAAGGCUUAUGACCUUAGGCGCUGGACCAAACAAAGUCCCCUGUCCUUUGUCUCCAAUAUGACUAAGCAGAAUUCGGGCUCCAAGACCACGGGAUUGGACCGAGAGAAUGGAAGCGAGGGUGAGGAGUGAGAUUCAUGGUCUCACUUGGUACGAGGAAUAUAAUUAAGAGGAGUGCCAUGGAACUUAAUAGCCAUGUCAAUGGAGUUGUAUUCAUGUCUCCUCUGCUCGAGGUAGCAAUACUAUUCGAUUCUGAGCCAUAUGAUAUAAUGAAUGUACGUAUUCCGAAUGUUGACGAGAUUGAGAUCUUAAUGUCAGGAAACAAGCAGGCCUCUGGCUUAUAGAGCGGGUUCUGGACUCAUCCUUAUUGAACAAAUUGAUUUUGCUAAGGGAAGUGGUUGAAGAUUAUAGAUGUUAGGCCUUUAGCAUAUUUCUAUGUUGCCGAAAGUUUAGUAAAGGCAAUUGUUACAUUAUUCUAUUUCUGUUAAUAACAUUGACUAGCACAUUAGCUUGUAUAUUUUCCUUUUCUGGAUACUAUGGAAAUGGGACUUUUUUUUUUUUU